AUGAGGGUACACAUAGUCUUGCUUCUUUUCUUGAUACCUUUCUGCUUAAUAAAUUCCAUCACCAAUAACAUCUUUGUUGCAAAUGGCUCCUGUCUUAGCCAUCAACGUUCCAUGUUGCUCCAUUUAAAAAACAACCUCAUAUUCAACACUACAAAAUCCCAAAAGCUGAUUCUUUGGAAUCAAAGUGAUGAUUGUUGCUUAUGGCCUGGUGUUACAUGCAAUGAGGGACAUGUUAUAGCUCUUGACCUUAGUCAUGAGUCUAUCUCAGGAGGACUUGUUCAUUCAAGCACUCUUUUCAGUCUUCAAUAUCUAGAGAGCUUGAAUUUGGCUUUUAAUGAGUUGAGUUCUGUGAUUCCUCCAGAACUUCACAAGCUGAAGAAUGUGAGGUAUCUGAACUUGUCUAUGGCAGGCUUUGAGGGGCAGGUUCCAAAUGAGAUUUCUCACCUUAAAAGGUUGGUUACUCUUGAUUUGUCUUCUUCAUUACUUACCUCACAUCACAGACUUAAACUUGAGAAGCCAAAUAUAGAAGUGCUUGUACAAAACCUUACAGAUAUCAGAGAACUGUAUCUAGAUGGAGUAGCAUUAUCUGCCAAGGGAGAAGAGUGGUGCCAUGCUUUAUCUUCAUUGAAGGAGUUACGUGUUCUGAGCAUGUCAUCAUGCAAUAUGUCUGGACCUAUUGAUUCUUCACUAGCUAAGCUUCGGUCACUCUCAGUUCUAAAAUUGAACGACAACAAUAUGUCAAGCACAGUGCCUGAUUCCUUUGCAAAUUUCUCCAAUUUGGCCAUACUACAGCUCAGAAGUUGUGGCUUAAGUGGUUCUUUUCCAAAGGGUAUCUUCAAAAUACCAACAUUAGAAGUCCUUGACAUAUCAGCCAAUCAAGAUCUUUGUGGUACUUUGCCAAACUUCUCACCACAUGGUUCUCUUUACAAUUUGAACCUCAGCAAUACAAAUUUCUCAGGACAGUUACCAGAUUCUAUUUCCAAUCUGAAGCAGUUGUCUACAAUUGAUCUGUCUUACUGCCAAUUCAAUGGAACACUUCCCAGUUCAAUGUCAGAACUCACCCAACUUGUUCAUCUAGACUUGUCUUCUAAUAACUUCACAGGUUCACUUCCUUCUUUCAAUAUGUCCAAGAACCUCACAUAUUUAUCCCUCUUCCAUAAUCAUUUCAGUGGGGUGUUACCAUCCAGUCAUUUCGAGAGCCUCAUAAAUCUUGUCAGCAUUGAUUUGGGGUUCAACUUUUUCAGUGGGAGUCUUCCUUCUUCUUUACUCAAACUCCCAUAUUUGCGAGAACUUCAGCUUCCCCAUAAUCAAUUCAAUGGUUUUUUGAGUGAGUUUGACAAUGCAUCUUCCUCAGUAUUAGAGAUGAUUGAUUUAGGCAGCAAUAAUUUACAAGGGCCUAUUCCUGUGUCUGUCUUUAACCUUAGAAGACUCAGUGUUAUUCAACUUUCUUCAAACAAGUUCAAUGGCACAAUACAAUUGGACAUGAUUCGAAGGCUAAGUGAUUUAACUAGACUGGAUCUCUCACAUAACAAUUUGUCAGUUGAUAUAAACUUUAGGGAUGAUCAUGACCUUUCACCCUAUCCUAAUUUAAGAAAUGUGUUGUUGUCUUCCUGCAAGCUGAGAGGAAUCCCUAGUUUCUUGAGCAACCAGUCUACAUUACUAUCUCUUGACCUCUCUGACAACCAGAUUGAAGGACCAAUACCUGAAUGGAUUUGGCAAGUUGAAUUUCUUGUUUCCUUGAAUCUUUCCAAAAACUUUUUCACCAAUUUGGAAGGAAGUUUCUGGAACUUAAGUUCAAACAUUUUUACCCUUGAUCUUAGUUCUAAUCAACUGCAAGGGCCUAUUCCCUUCAUACCAAGGUAUGCAAAUUAUUUGGACUACUCAAGCAACAGAUUCAGCUCUGUCAUUCCACCAGACAUUGGAAAUCACCUCCCUUUUGCACUUCUACUGUAUCUUUCAAACAACAGUUUUCAAGGACAAAUCCCAGAAUCUUUCUGCAAUGCUACAGCUCUUCACCUUCUAGAUCUUUCCUACAAUAACUUUGUUGGGAAGAUUCCCAAGUGUUUUGCAACAUUGAGUAGCACUCUUAGGGUGUUAAAUUUGGGUGGAAACAAACUCCAAGGUUAUAUUCCUGAUACUUUUCCAACUUCAUGUGCUCUACAGUUGUUGGAUCUAAAUGGCAAUCUCUUGAAUGGUACCAUCCCCGAAUCUUUGGUCAAUUGCCAUAAAUUACAAGUCCUAAACCUUGGAAAGAAUGUAUUAUCUGACAGAUUUCCAUGUUUCUUGAAUAACAUUUCCACCAUAAGAAUCAUGGAUUUAAAGUCAAACAAACUCCAUGGUUCUAUUGGAUGUCCAAAUAGCAGUGGUGAUUGGGAGAUGCUACAUAUUGCUGAUCUAGCCUCCAAUAAUUUCAGUGGCUCAAUACCAGGAGCAUUGUUAAACAGUUGGAAAGCUAUGAUGCGCGAUGAUGAUGAAGUUGGCCACUUAUUUCUAGAUGUUGUUGAUAACUUCAAUCCUGUGAGUUUUGAGUAUAUAUUGUCACUGAUGAACAAAGAUGUUGCAGAAAUACUACUUAAGCUUAUAAAUAUGUCUCCCUCUAUCCUUGACCAGGGAAUUUCUUACCAAUAUGCUGCGGAUAUUGGUCGUUAUCAGGAUUCAAUUACUAUUGUCAACAAAGGUCGGCAAAUGAAACUGGUCAAAAUUCAAAGGUCCUUCACUUACAUUGAUAUGUCAAACAACUAUUUUGAAGGGCCAAUACCAAAUGAGCUCAUGCAUUUGAAUGCACUAAAUGCUCUUAACUUGUCACAUAAUGCCUUCUUGGGCCAUAUACCAUCAUCUUUAGGAAAUUUGAAGAAUCUUGAGUCUUUAGACUUGUCAAACAAUUCUUUGAAUGGAGAAAUUCCUAUAGAACUUGCAAGUUUAUCAUUCCUUGAAUAUCUGAAUCUCUCUUUUAACCAUCUUGUGGGGGAAAUUCCUAAGGGUACUCAAAUUCAAUCAUUUGAUGCAGAUUCCUUUAAAGGGAAUGAAAAGUUAUAUGGACCUCCACUUACCAACAAUUGCAGCAAUGAUGGAGGGAAGGGGUUGUUGCCACCAGCAUCUGAAACACCUCAUUCCCAUUCGAAGAGUUCAAUCAAUUGGAAUUUCUUAAGUGCAGAGUUGGGAUUUACUUUUGGCUUGGGAAUUUUCAUCUUCCCCCUUAUUUUCUUGAAGAGAUGGAGGCUUUGGUAUUCCAAACAGCUAGAUGAGUUGCUUUAUAGGAUCAUCCCUCAACUUGAUUUUGUGUAUGAAUACCAUAGAGGGAAGAGUUAUAGAACUCUAAGGUGGAAGCCUUACUGA